GCAGGGCGCCGCUGCGCAUGCGCGGAGGGCGGAGCGGCGUGCGGUCGCGGGCGAGGCCAUGGGGACGGUGCACGCGCGGAGUUUGGAGCCUCUUCCCGCGAGCGGUCCUGAUUUCGGUGCUAUAGGUGAAGAAGCAGAACUCGUGGAGGUUGAACCGGAAACUAAGCAAGAAAUUCUUGAAAAUAAGGAUGUUGUGGUUCAGCAUGUACACUUCGAUGGGCUUGGAAGGACUAAAGAUGAUAUCAUCAUGUAUGAAAUCGGGGAAGUUUUCAAAGCUAAAAACCUGAUUGACGUGAUGAGGAAAUCACAUGAAGCUCGUGAAAAGCUCCUCCGCCUGGGAAUUUUUAGACAAGUAGAUGUCCUAAUUGAUACAUGUCAAGGCGAUGAGGCUCUUCCAAAUGGGUUAGAUGUAACCUUUGAAGUAACAGAACUGAGAAGAUUAACUGGAAGUUACAACACCAUGGUUGGCAAUAACGAAGGAAGCAUGGUCCUUGGACUCAAACUGCCUAAUAUCUUUGGGCGUGCUGAGAAGGUGACGUUCCAGUUCUCCUACGGCACCAAGGAAACUUCAUAUGGUCUCUCUUUCUUCAAACCCCAGCCUGGUCACUUUGAAAGAAACUUUUCUUUCAAUCUGUACAAAGUAACUGGACAAUUUCCUUGGAGUUCCCUUCGUGAAACUGACAGAGGAAUAUCAACCGAAGUCAAUUUUCCUAUAUGGAAGACCAACCACACACUAAAAUGGGAAGGUGUCUGGAGAGAACUGGGCUGUCUUUCAAGAACUGCCUCAUUUUCUGUUCGAGAAGAAAGUGGACACUCGCUCAAGUCUUCUGUAUCUCAUGCCAUGGUAAUUGAUUCUCGAAACUCUUCAAUCUUGCCUAAACGAGGAGCUUUGCUGAAGAUAAAUCAGGAGCUUGCUGGAUAUACUGGUGGUGAUGUGAGUUUUCUGAAGGAGGACUUUGAACUUCAGUUAAACAAGCGCCUCAUAUGGGAUUCGGUUUUCUCAGCUUCUCUCUGGGGCGGAAUGUUGGUUCCUAUAGGAGACCGAGCAUCUAGUAUUGCAGACAGAUUUUAUCUUGGUGGACCCACAAGUGUGCGCGGAUUCAGUAUGUACAGCAUCGGGCCUCAAAGCGAAGGCGAUUACCUUGGAGGAGAAGCUUACUGGGCUGGGGGUCUGCAUCUCUAUACGCCUCUUCCUUUCCGGCCAGGCCGAGGUGGUUUCGGAGAUCUCUUUCGAACACACUUUUUCCUCAAUGCUGGCAAUCUCUGCAACCUUAAUUAUGGAGAAGGACCAAAAGCGCACCUUCGUAAGCUGGCCGAGUGCAUCCGGUGGUCGUAUGGUGGUGGCAUAGUGCUGAGGCUUGGAAACAUCGCUCGACUAGAACUCAACUACUGUAUCCCCAUGGGAGUACAAACCGGGGAUAGAAUAUGUGAUGGAGUCCAAUUUGGAGCUGGGAUAAGAUUCCUGUAACAUCCGUGUCCUUUGGCAGUGUUGGCCCCAAAGGAGCUGCUGAGUUCAGCUAGGCUAUGGUGAUAUCCUAGAUACAUUUUUGUUGAAGUAUAAUUAUGUAUGAAGGAUUAACUUCAAUAAAAAAUGGAAAAAGUA